UUUUUUAUAUAAAAAAUGCUACGCGGAGUAUUUUUAGCUGCUUUUAUGGCGUUAGCUGUUGCUGCACCUAACCCCAUCUCCAAUGUUUUGGAACUGGACCUCUCGCCCGAAGAAGCCCAAAAGUACCUCAACAGCCCGCCCUUCACAGAACCUCUGCUGGCAACUAGAACUGCCGUCUUGCCAUUGGUGAAAUACAACGACCCGAGGUUUCGUACGGCCGAGGCCGGCCCCACUCUCGGUCACUACUGGAAGAACGGCCAUGAAAUUGAAAACCCCGAGGAUUAUGUUGACGAGGUCUACAAUGCAAGACAGUUCCACGGUCAAGACGGCUUAGGCGCGUAUGCGUAUGGCUACGAGACUCCCGAGUCCGCGAAGGUAGAAAACAAAGUACGCUCUGGUGAUAUCACCGGUUCAUACACAUACAGAACAGCUGACAAUCAACUCAUUAAGGUUCGUUACUGGGCUGACAGCCAGGGUUUCCACCAAGAAGACAACCUCCCUAAAGUCGUCUUGAAGCCCAUCGAGGAAGCCGAAGAUGUGAGACAGGCGCGACUCGCCCACGAGAAGGCCUGGCAGGAAGCCGCAGCGGCUGCUCGCCAGCAACCCGACCCACAAGGAGAGUACUACAGACAGUACGACUACCAGCCAGCUGCGUCUGAGCAACAGGAUUCAGUAGUCGCUGCCCCAAGUCAGGAGAGCCAAGCUCGUGAAGGCAAAGCCUAUUACGGUCAAGAUUCUCAAUUUUACUUGACCGAAGAACCAGAACCAACGGGCCCCCCUCGUGGAUUCUUCUACCAGUUCGACUACCCAGUAUCCAUCAUCUCACACAAAAGCGAAGUCCAGGAUCAAUAAUCUACAAUCACCUAAUACAUUAAGACACCACCUCUAUUAAUCUUCAUCGCAGUUGAAUAUCAUUUUUAUAUGUUAAAUAAUAACAUUUAGAAUUACAUUUAUACAGCCAGUUUAAA